CGGGGCGGGGCCAGGCGAGGGCCUCCCGGGGGCCUCCGCGCUCCGACUCUGCCCAUGUGCAGAGACGCCCCUGCCUGCCUGCCUGCCUGCCAGCAGACGCCCGGCCGGAGGAGCAGGAGGGGCCGGGGCGGGGCGGGGCGAGAUGGGGCGGGGCGGGCGCGGGGCGCUGGCGGUGGUGGCGCCGCUGCUGCUGCUGCUGCUGCUGUCGUGGGCCCUGCAGGCCGCCCGCCCUCCGCCGCCGCCGCCGCCUCAGGACGCCGAGCUGACCUUCCUGCUGCCGGCCGGGCGCCGCGAGUGCUUCUUCCAGGCCGCGCCGCCCAACGGCUCCCUCGAGCUCGAGUACCAGAUUAUCGGUGGAGCUGGGCUGGAUGUCGAUUUCUCUUUGGAGAGCCCGUCUGGAGUUCUGCUGGUGGAUGAGCACCGGAAAUCAGAUGGACUGCACACCAUUGAGGCCACCGAGACGGGGGACUACAAGCUGUGCUUCGACAACUCCUUCAGCACCAUCUCAGAGAAGCUCGUCUUCUUCGAAUUGAUCUUCGACAGCCCCCACGAGGAUGAGGACUUGAAUGGCUGGGCAGAAAUGGCAGAACCAGAAGAGAUGCUCGACAUUAAGAUAGAGGACAUUAAGGAGUCAAUUGACACUGUGAAGAGCCGCCUGGAAAGAAGCAUUCAGAUGCAGGCGCUGCUGAGAGCCUUUGAGGCCCGUGAUCGCAACCUGCAGGAGAGCAACCUCAGCAGGGUCAACUUCUGGUCUGUCAUCAACCUCAGCAUGCUGCUGCUGGUGUCGUUCCUCCAGGUGUACCUGUUGAAAAGCCUCUUUGAGGAUAAGAGGCGGAGCUGGAUGUAGCAAGCAGAUGGGCUGGUCCUCCUACACAGGCCAGGAAUCCUGACCACGUUCAACCCUCAUGUUCUGGGCUGUUUGAAGGCUGCUUCUGUCCCCCCCCCAGUCUCUCUGCCCCGAAGGUCACAAAGGAGAGAUUGGGGUGGAGGAGAAAAUAAGACACUUCUGCGGUGCUGGCAAAAAGCUGAGAAACCAACUGGAUAACCAGGCAGCUGCCAGGAAGCGCCAGCAGGCGUUGAUUUCUGUGCCUUGGACAUUUCAAUGACGCUGCUGUUCCCAGGGGGUAGGUUUGGACUACAGCUGUGGACACUGAUUAUCCCUUAGACCUAAUCUUGGACUCUCUGUAUCCAUGUGCCUUAGUGGGAUUUUCCGAUCUGGACCUGCCUGUUUUCUCCUGAAAUGAUUCUUGCCCCAAGAAAAGUCAACAUCUUGCACUGAAGCAAGACAGCAGCUAGGGGAGGGGUCCUUCUCUUUGGCUUUCUUGAUAGCCAUGUUUCACCAGGGAGAGCUACCUGCGGGGUAGGCGCAACUGCCUCUGAUUCAUGACAUCUGUUGUCAGAGGGGUUUUCAGCUCUCUGAGCUUGGGGAAAGCUGGCGUGUGAAGCUUGCAUCCUUUCAAACCAGAGCUGCUUUCCAGCAGGAGACUGUGUCAAAACUCGGCUCCUUUGUCUUCGCAAGACCUGCCUCUUUCAGUGUUAUGGAGCAAGAAAAUUUGGAUUCCUGUUUGUGUGCUCACAGACUGUAGAUGUCCAUUGGGGAAGCUGUCUGGUUAAAUCUAUUAAAUAAUUUUUUGUAUGCUGAUCAAAA